AUGGCUCAAAAGACCUCUCAAAGACCGAGCAAAAUACUUACACGAGCUGAAGUGGCCAAGAACAACACCGAGGAUAGCCUCUGGUGCAUCAUCGACCACAAGGUCUACGACGUGACCGACUUCCUCGACGCACACCCAGGCGGCAGCGUCGUCCUUCAACAAAUCGCCGGCCAGGAUGCUACCUCUGCUUUCUACAACUUGCACCGCCACGAAGUUUUACAAAAGUAUGCAAGCCUCUGUGUCGGGACCGUCGAGGGCGAGAAACCCGAAGUCAUAGACCCCCAACCCGGAGAUCUGAGUAAAGUUCCCUAUGCGGAGCCGCUGUGGUUAACACCUGCAUUCAAGAGCCCGUAUUACAACGAAUCACAUCGAAAAUUGCAGCGGGCGGUACGGGAGUUUGUGGAUGAGGACAUUUACCCCGAAGCGCAAGAGAAGGAGUUGGAUGGCACAUACAUCUCGCAGAAACUGGUGGAUAAGAUGGCGGCGAACAAUAUGCUAGCUAUGCGAUUGGGCCCGGGUAAGCAUCUUGCGGGGCGGACACUUCCAGGCGGCGUCAAGGGCGAGGAAUUCGAUUACUUCCACGAUUUGAUCGUCGCACAGGAGCUGUCGAGGGCGGUCGCUCGAGGAUUCCAGGACGGCAAUAUGGCGGGCAUGAUGAUUUCCCUGACCGCUGUGCGUCAGUGGGCCAACGACACUGCGCUCCGCGACAAAGUCACUGAAGAAUGCCUGUCGGGCAAGAAGUUCAUGUGUCUGGCCAUCACCGAAGCCUUUGCCGGGUCAGACGUCGCUGGAAUCCGGACCACCGCUACAAAAACACCAGAUGGCAAACACUUCAUCAUCAACGGCACGAAGAAGUGGAUCACAAACGGCAUGUUCGCGGACUACUUUGUGACAGGAUGCAAGACGGAGAAAGGGUUCUCAGUAAUUUUGGUACCCAGAGAUGACAACAUCGAGACCAAGCGGAUCAAGACCUCGUAUUCCACCGCGGCAGCCACGACGUUCAUCCAAUUCGACAACGUCAAGGUUCCCGCGAACCAUCUUUUAGGCAAAGAAGACAACGGCUUCAUUGUGAUCAUGAGCAAUUUCAACCACGAACGCUGGGCCAUGGCCUGCUCGGUGAUCCGCUGGAUGCGCAUCAUCGUGGAAGAAUGCUUGAAAUGGACACACCAGCGCAUCGUAUUUGGGAAGCCCUUAAUUUCUCAGCCCGUGAUUCGUCAAAAGUUGGCCAAGAUGAUAUCCCUGACUGAAGCGUGCCAGUCGUGGCUCGAAUCCAUCACGUACCAAAUGUGCCAAAUGGACUAUGCACAGCAGUCGAAAUUGCUCGGCGGUCCCAUUGGUCUGCUCAAGUCAUAUGCCACGAGGUGUGCACACGAUGUCGCAGACGACGCCGUCAAUAUCUUUGGAGGGCGUGGAAUUACGCAGACCGGUAUGGGCAGGGUGGUCGAGCAGUUUCAUCGUACGUACAAGUUUGACGCGAUACUCGGUGGUGCCGAAGAGGUGUUGGCCGACCUGGGGGUGCGUCAGGCCAUGAAGCAGAUGCCAAAAGCCAUGCUUUAA